CAUAGCUUGAGAUUUGAAUGAAAGCUCUUACUCACUCAAAAAAUAAAAUACAUCGAAAUAAUAAGUACCGGAUUUGAGUCAACUUGUGAAGGUAAAUCAAUAAUUUAUACAUCAAGAUACUCAGUACACUUACCACUAGUGGAAUGCGGGCUCCCUCUACUGGUAUGUAAAAAAAAAAUCAUGUCCAUCCAUUCCUCCAUUUUGUGAACCGCUUAUCCUCACGAUGGUCACGGGAGUGCUGGAGUUUAUCCCAGCUAUCUUCGGGGACGAGGCGGGGUACACCCUAAACUGUUUGCUAGCCAAUUGCAGGGCACAUAGAAACAAAACCAACACAAUUUGGAGGGUUUCCUCCCACAUCCCAAAAACAUGCAUUAAUUGACGAUUCUAAAUUGCCCUUAGGUGUGAAUGAGUAAGAUAUAUGAUUUAGGGUUAGGUAACGGCAGUCCUAUGACCUUUGUGAGGAUAAGUGUGUCAUGAAAAUGGAUGGAUGGCGUACUUGAUGAAAAAAUUGUCAUACUGUAGGUACCUUUUUUUUUUUUAAAUGAUGCUUUCGUACUGAUAGUGAUUGUGAUCCUGUGCAUCGAGUGCAGUUGUUUUGCCGCUUUGAAAGGCACCACAGGAUUGUGCAGUGGCCUUCUGGCUAAUCACAGCCAUAUGUGCUCAAAGUCCACCUCCUCUCCCACCCCUUCCCCUCAUUGGCUGGCGUCUACACCUUUUUUUUUUUUUUUUUUUUGCCCACUCUCCACUCCUGCUGUAAACGUCUCAUCUUUGCAUUUCUCAAGCUUUAUUUUGGAUGAUUAUUUUUUGCUCGCAAUGGCGUCUGCGCAUGACAGAGCAGUCCUGCAAGCCAUCUUCAACCCCAACACUCCUUUUGGGGAUGUCCCCGGGCUGGACCAGGAGCAGGAAUUAACGGACGACGACAGCCCCUUUGAUGAGGACUCGCUGAGGCAAGCGAAGGACUUGGAGGCUCGCGGGGUCUCCGCAGCCGAGGUGGGAGAUUUGGAGGGGGCCCUUGAACUCUUCAGCAAGGCUGUACAGGUUUUGCCCCACCGGGCGUCGGGCUACAACAACCGGGCACAGACCCUUCGACUGCAAGGAAACACAGAAGGCGCUCUAGAGGACCUGGACCGAGCCAUCUCCCUGAGCGGGGGCCGAGGUCGGACCGCCUGCCAGGCGCUGGUGCAGCGGGGCCUACUUCGCAGGCUCGGCGGUCGGGACGAUGAGGCCCGGGCGGACUUCCAAGAGGCGGCGGCGCUCGGUAGCGAGUUCGGCCGUCGGCAGGCGGUGCUGCUGAAUCCAUACGCGGCGCUUUGCAACAAGAUGCUGUGCGAGGUCAUCGGCAAGCUGCGCAACCCCGACGUCGGCGAGCGCCCACUGUAGACGCAAUUCAUAAACCAGCUUUUUUUUUCAUUUUAAAGGAGACAUAUUGUCAAAAAUGCACUUCUUAAUUAUUAACUCAAACAACCAAGUUCUACAUUUGAACUUUUUGUCACGCGUGUGUGUGGUUUGCUAAGAGCAAGAUUUCAACACCUACACACGCCUCAUGUUGGUACGGGCAGCAUGGGAUGAAUUCCUGCUCAGUGAUGGUGUUGGUAUGUGCCCCGUGACUGACUGGCGACCAGUUCAGGGUGUAGUCCACCUUUCGCCCAUUGUUAGCUGUGAUAGGCUCCACUUCACUUGUUGACAAUUAUAUUAUCUUUAAGGCCAAAACUCAUCUCCUCAGCGUUGACUCAAAGUGCACUUUUACUUUUCACCAGUAGGUGUAAGUACACGAGAGUGAGGCACAAUCACCGAACAUUGCAUUAGGUACACUUGCGCAAUCCAAAACUGGGCAGAAAAAUGUUAUUUCAUCCAUGCGUCCAUCCUUUUCCCAAGGUGCUUAUCCUCACAAGGGUCACAGGAGUGCCUGAGUCCAUCACAAUUAUAAGCUACAAAAUUUUUCAAUAAAACAAACUUUGAUCCGAAAGCAGUUUAAUGUCAU